ACUCAAUCUCAUCUCUUCUCUUUUAUCAAUGAUGUCGCAGAAUAUUCACCUCCCUCUUCCUCUUCUUGUUCUUAAAUGCCCCACCACACUCAAUUCACUGCCUCUCUCACUCCUCGACGACUAUAUCUGCUUACUACAUCCAACCUCUCUCUCUCUCUCUCUCUCUCUCUCUCCCUCUCAUCAUUCCACUGCUAUCUACAAGAAACAAGAACAACAAAGAAAGAAAGAACAAGACAAGCAGGAAAUGACUGAACUGUUGCUUAUCUUUCUGUUCGCUUGCGUUGCUUCACCGUCAGCGUCGGCCUCCGACGGCUACACCGACUUCGUCUACGCCGGAUGCUCGCAGCCCAAGUGCACUCCGGGCUCACCCUACCAAUUCAACGUCGAGUCCCUCCUCGCCUCUCUCGCCAACGCCGCUGCUUACUCCUCCUACGCCAACUUCACCUCUACCGCCGCUGCCUCCUCCUCCCCGGCCUACGGUCUCUUCCAGUGCCGCGGAGACCUCCCCUUCUCCGACUGCCACUCCUGCGUCCGCUCCGCCCUCUCCCAGCUCUCCUCCCUCUGCCCCUCGGCCGCCGGCGCUGCCAUCCAGUUCAGGGGCUGCUUCCUCCGCUACGGCAACGACUCCUUCCUCGGCAAGGCCGACACCAGCGUCCUCUACAAGAAGUGCGGCCCCCCCGCCGGCGGAGGAUACAACUCCGACAUGCUCGGCAUGCGCGACGCCGCGCUCGCCGACCUGACGUCGGACUCUGCCCGGGGGAGCUACAGGAUCGGCGCCGCGGGGUACGUGCAGGCGGUGGCUCAGUGCGUCGGCGACCAGAGCGCAAAGCACUGCGAGGACUGCCUGGCAGCGGCGGUGGCGGAGCUCAGGGCCGCCUGUGGCUUUGCCGUCGCCGGCGACGCUUACCUCGGUAAGUGCUUUGCCAGGUACUGGUCCAAUGGAGUCUACACGUCCAAGACCGAUCACGAUGAUGAGGCUGGGAAAACACUGGCAAUUAUCAUUGGGCUCAUAGCAGGAGUUGCUCUCAUAAUAGUCCUCCUUUCCUUCCUCAGAAAAGCUGGAAAUUAUGGUAAAUACUAAGUUGAACUGGUAAUCCUUUCUCCAAGCUUUCUUGUCUGUGCUUUCUUUUUAGCUUGUUGGGGUUCUUUUAUAAUACCAUUUCUAAAGAUGUGGGGUAGUCUCUUAAAGUGUAUGAGGGACUACAAAGAGAAAAAGUGGAUGGGAAAGGCAUGCUUUCCUUGAAAUAAGUGAAGUGGGAAAGUAUCCAACACAAAAAAAAAAAGAAGAAAAAGAUGAAAGGAGAAGAUUCCAAACACACCCCAUUCCUCAUGUUCAUGUAGCUUGAUCUUUCUAUUAUUUAUUCUUAGUUAUUGGAA